UAGUGACCGAUCAAUGACGCGAAUUUUGGCCGACCCGAAUUCUGUGAACUCCAUUGUUAAGUUGGAAAACUCUAAUUCAUUGACUUGUUCAAAAACCGCAGCUUUACUUCGAUCCAGUAAAGAUCAACAAGCACGAAUAAAAGAGAAUGGCGUAUCUGAGCAUGGGAGAGGCACACCGAAGAAUAACAGAGUACCUUAAUCGCUUCUCCGACGUCGUUUUUUCUCAAGACGGAGCUACCCUGAAACAACUUCUCUCUCUCUCCUCCAACUCCAACUUCCUCCUCUCCGUCGCCGACGCUCUCAAUGUCUUCCAGGACGCUAAUAGAUUGAUUAAGCAAUCGGAGAAGUACUCGCAAUUUGGGGAAAUAACAGCUCCGCUUUUCCGGUCUCUGCAAAGUUAUCGACUUGGGAAUUUGGUGGACACUUAUCCAGCCUUCGAAAAAGCCGCCAAUGCCUUUAUUCAAGAGUUUCGAAAUUGGGAAUCGGCUUGGGCUUUGGAGGCAUUAUAUGUCAUUGCCUAUGAAAUAAGGGUUCUUGCAGAGAGGGCUGAUAAAGAGUUGGCUUCAAAUGGAAAAUCACCUGAAAAAUUGAAGGGAGCUGGUUCAUUCCUCAUGAAAGUGUUUGGUGUUCUUGCUGGAAAAGGCUCAAAACGUGUGGGAGCUUUAUAUGUGACUUGUCAGUUGUUCAAAAUCUACUUCAAGCUUGGUACAGUUCAUCUUUGCCGAAGUGUGAUAAGGAGUAUUGAAACUGCUAGAAUAUUUGAUUUUGAGGAGUUCCCUAAAAGGGAUAAGGUCACAUACAUGUAUUAUACUGGCCGUUUGGAAGUUUUCAAUGAAAAUUUUCCUGCUGCUGAUCAUAAGUUAUCAUAUGCCUUAAUGCACUGCAACCCCCAGAAUGAAGCGAAUAUAAGGAUGAUACUAAAAUAUUUGAUACCUGUGAAGCUUUCAAUUGGUAUCUUGCCUAAAGAUUCACUCCUACAGAAGUACAAGCUAGUAGAGUACAGUGAUGUCGUUCAAGCUCUAAAAAGGGGUGAUCUCCGUCUGCUUCGACAUGCUCUCCAGGAGCAUGAAGACCAGUUUCUAAGAUCAGGUGUAUUUCUUGUUCUGGAGAAGCUAGAGCUCCAAGUUUAUCAAAGAUUAUUAAACAAAAUUUACAUCAUCCAAAAGCAAAAGGACCCAAGCAAAGCUCACCAGAUGAAGUUGGAAGUAAUCGUUAAAGCAUUAAAGUGGCUUGAGAUGGACAUGGAUUUGGAUGAGGUGGAAUGUAUAGUGGCCAUAUUAAUAUACAAGAAUCUCGUGAAGGGAUACUUUGCACACAAAAGCAAAGUGGUAGUAUUGAGUAAGCAAGAUCCUUUUCCCAAGUUAAAUGGAAGACCAGUUAGUUCAUAGAAAUAGAGGUGGUGGAAAUGCUACUUAUAAAUUUUGAUGAGCCAGUCUGAAAGCAAUUUGCACAGAUUGCUUCUGAUUCUGCCAGUAAAGGCUGUUGUAUUGAGCAAAUUCAAUCUCAUGUACUUUUGUGGUUACUGGUAAAUGCUGCUAUGAUUUUUCUACCAAUACCUUUCUAAAUCAUCAUUAUGUAUGUUUAUUGUUCUGCUA